UGCAGUUACUGAACAUGUGAUAACCUUGAGGCUCAUCUCCACGUAGGGAGGUGUCCAGCGUCCACGAGCUGACCGUGAGCUGCAGGGACCGCGGCCGACAGGAGAACGCAGACUUUGCCCGCGUGUCCGUGACGGUGGAGGACGACAACGACCACGAGCCCGUCUUCCUGGAGCCCAUGAUCACCGCCAAGGUGAGCGUGGGGGCCGCGGCGGGCACGGCGGUGGUGCGGGCGAUGGCGCUGGACCACGACAAGGGCGACAACGGCAGGAUAUCCUACUCCAUCUUCGAGGGUAAUGCUGGAGGAAUCUUCAACAUUGACACUGCCCUCGGCGUGAUCAGCCUCACCCGAACCCUGGCCGAGGCCCAGCCCCCGGAGUACCUGCUGCUGGUGCGGGCCACGGACCACGCCGCGCAGGCCCGCGCCGCCUCGGUGCCGGUCCGGGUCAUGGUGACCGCCUCGCAGAGCACGCCCCCCUCCUGGCAGGGCAAUAAGCCGCACGUGGAGGAGGUCGGGGAGUGGGUGGCGGUGGGCACGGCCCUGGCGCGCGUCACGGCGUCCUCACCGUCGGCCCUCCACUACUCGCUGACGGGCGGGAAUGAACACAGCGCCUUCGUCAUCAGCCCCGCCUCGGGGGUGGUCAGCGUGGCCACGCCCCUGGACUACGAAACCACCUCCUGGUACAACCUGACCAUCACGGCCACCAACCUGGCCGGGGUGUCCCGCAGCACGUGGCUGGGCGUGACGGUCCUCGACGAGAACGACUGGUGGCCGGAGUGGGAGCGACUUUCCUACUACGGCAGCGUCCUGCAGACCGCCGGCCGCGGCGCCCCCGUGCUGGCCGCCCACGCCCACGCCCAGGCCAGACCCAACCAGCUCACGGUGACCGCCCGGGACCGUGACCAAGGCUACAACGGCAGAGUGACCUACACCAUCGUGGAGAAGGACAUCACAAAGUUGUUUUCAAUCAACCGACACACAGGAGCUGUGUGGGUGUCUGGCAGCCUGGACACAGUGGCCGGCACCACGGUGAGGCUGAGUGUGUGGGCCACGGACGGGGGCAGCCCCCGGCGGGAGUGUGUGGCGCCCGCCCCAGUCUUCAUCACGGUGAGGGAGGUGAAGGCUGCCCCCGUGGCCUUCCCCAAGACCCACUACUCAGCCGUCCUCUACCUGCCAACCUACCCUGGUGUGAGGGUGUUCUGCCUGGGUCGGGAGGAGCAGCCACGCCACCACGUGGAUGUGAAUGAUAUCACCGAUAUUUCAUAUUCCAUCACUGCCGGUGACGACAGAGAAAACUUUGUGUUUGACAACGUGAGCAAGUGUGUCAAGGUCCAGGACCAGUACAGCCUCAAGCCUCAGUACAAUCUCACCCUCCAGGCCAGCGACGGAGCCGCCUCGUCCACGGCAACAGCAGAGAUUAUAAUUGAAGAAGCGCCGCUGUCUACUCUGGUCUUCACUCAGGACCAGUACUGGGCCAACGUCAUUGAGAACUCCACUAAGGAGAUGAAUGUUGCUGCCCUGGGAGUGAGGGGUCAGCCGCUCAACCAUCACGUCCGCUACUCAAUUCUCAACCCAAACAUUAAAUUUGAAAUCCACCCGACCGCUGGCGUCAUCAAGACCACCGGCAAGUCCUUUGACCGGGAGGCAGAGGACCACUACACGCUGGUGGUGGAAGCGCAGGACAUUGAGGGCACAGCAAACGUGGCCCAUGUGCUGGUCCACGUGGCGGUGAUGGACGUGAAUGACAACGAGCCGGUGUUCCUCAACCAGCCCUUCCACGCCCUGGUGUCCACCGUGUCUCCGCGCAGCCACGUGGUCACUAAGGUGCAGGCAAUAGACGCUGACUCUGGGGAGUUCGGAAGUGUCCGCUACGAGCUGGUGCGAGGCAGCGGUGAGCUCUUCGCCGUGAAUAAGAAGACGGGUGAAAUUUCUCUGAAGCAGACCCUGAUGGCGGCCGACAAGACCUACAGCCUCACCGUUGCUGCCUACGACGGGGGAAAGCCUCCCCUCAGCUCACAGGCCCAUGUCCUCAUAAGGGUGGUGUCUUCUGAAGGGCCAAUGUUCACCGCCGCACGGUACGAGGCAGCCGUGCCAGAGAACGCCGCCGAGGGCACGCCCGUUGUAAGGGUGGAGGCCGCCAACCCUUCCGGGGAGCCCAUCAUGUACACCAUUGUGGCCGGCAACACCGAGGAGCUGUUCGGCCUCGACUAUUCCACAGGCGUCGUCCAGACCACUGCCCUGCUGGACUACGAGGCCUCCGCCAGCCACAACCUAACGGUGCGGGCGCGGGACCCCUUCACCGGGGGCCACACGGACACCCACGUCACAGUCGCAGUCACGGACGUCAAUGACAACCCGCCGGAGUUCAGCCGUUCCGUCUUCAAGGGAGACGUGUCGGAGGCUGCGUCACCGGGCCACGUGGUGCUGCAGGUCUCGGCAAGUGACGUGGACACGGGGCCGGGCGGUUCAGUGCGCUACUCGUGUGUCAUGGAGUGUGGCAGCUUUGAGGUGCGUGCCCUGGACGGUGCCGUCACACUCACCAAGGAGCUGGAUGCAGAGACUGAGGCUCAACACGUGCUGACUUUGCUGGCCACGGACUCAGGCAUACCCCAGCUCUCCUCCACCGCCACAGUGGUUAUUGACGUUGUGGACUUCAACGACAACCCUCCAGCGUGGCGCCAGGACAGCUACUCCUGCCGCGUGUCGGCCGAGGCCCAGCCCGGCCAUGUGGUCACCUCGGUGUCUGCCACUGACCCAGACGCUGGUCAGGUCACGCCGCUCAGUUAUGCCAUUCACUCGGGAGACCGAGACGCCAUCUUCAAAAUGGAUCAGCUGACUGGUGUGUUGACGGUGACGGCCCCACACAAGCUCAAGGACGUGGCCUCCUGA